CUCCCAACCCGCGUUGACGGCAAGAAUUUUCCCGGAAAAUUAACUCUUUUUUUUUUCUUUCCUUUUUGUUUCAGAGAAAAGAGAAAACAAAGAGAGAAAGUCUUCUCUUUUUGUCAAGUCUUCGUCUUUUACUAGUGUGUGAGAUAGAGAGAAGACGAUCCAACCAAUCUCUCUUUCUUCUUUCUGUUCACUUCUUCUGCAAAUUCCUUUUUUAUUGCUCUCAAAAUUUGUUUUGCUGAUUUUUCUUUCUCACAUCGCCACUUUUCUGAAAAAAAUCUCUAAACCAAAUUCGAAUAGUCUCAUUUUUCAAGCUAAAGGAGCUAGCUUUAUGUGAUCAAUUGUUUCUAUAUAUAUAUAUCUGGAGUUGGGGGCUCUUGUUUCACGCGGUUUGUGAUUUUGAUUAUUUAAGCCCCUAAUGGCUUAGGGGGGUCUUUAUUCUUCUUAUCCUUGUAUAUUGCUGGUGAUAAGUAGUUUCUAAAUCAGGGAAUUUUAGGAAUUGGGGCUUUUGUUCUUGUGUUUUUGUGUGUUCGAUUUGGUAAAAGAAGAUGGCUGCAGUGUUCACAAAGUUUUUGCCUAUAACAUCACGGAAUCCUAAGAGGGAUAAUAACCGGGAAAGUGAGGAUGAUGAUGAAACUAAUAGUAAUUAUCGAAUUGAUUAUUCAUUCGCCUCGGAGUAUAAAGGCCCUCUUAUUGCUAAUGUGCCACGAGCUCUUCCCGUUGAUGUUGAUGAGAUUCCUACGGCUCAUCCUGUUUCAUUUUCUUCCUUGUCGAGUGGUAUCUCUUACCCAGUAGCUCAACCUCUCGUUAGGACUAACAGAGUUUCCAAGAAACCACCUGAAUCUGCAAUUCAGAAUGGUUUGGUUGAUUCCCCUGGUGCCUCUAGUGUGGUUUUGGUAGGGCGUGAUGUUGUUUCUGGCUCAUCAUCGUCGUCAUCAUCAUCAAAGAGAUCAGAUGAAGCGAAAAGUUCGGUUGAUUUGCCCUUAUCACCAUCACCACCAUUGUCUGCAGCAGUGAGAGAGGAGGAUACAUUAGGUGAUGGAAGAGCUUCAGAUGUGGGAUCAGAUUGUACCAUUGGAGAGGACGAGGCCGAUGGAGAACGUGCAAAUCGUGUGAGAUUUGUUGAACCAUUUCAGAGUAGUGAAUGUGAUGAAAGCUUCUUUUCUGAUGGAGAGACUGUAGCUGCAACGCCUAAAGCUGAAAGGAAAGGCAAAAAAGGAUCCUGUUACCGAUGCCAGCUGGGGAACCGGUUUACUGAGAGGGAAGUCUGUAUUGUCUGCGGUGCCAAAUACUGUUUCAACUGUGUGCGCAGAGCCAUGGGUGCGAUGCCUGAAGGAAGAAAGUGUCACACUUGCAUUGGUUUUAGGAUCAAUGAGUCCAAGAGAGCAAGUCUUGGAAAGUGUUCAAGAAUGCUCAAGCGUCUUCUCACCGAUUCUGAACUUCGACAAGUCAUGAAUGACGAGAUCUCCUGCAAGACGAAUCAAUUGCCUUCACGGCUUAUCAUUGUCAAUGACAAGCCUUUAAGUGAAGAUGAGCUUUACACGUUGCAGACAUGUCCAAAUCCACCCAAGAAGCUAAAACCCGGAAGUUAUUGGUAUGAUAAGGUUUCUGGCUAUUGGGGAAAGGUAGGAGAGAAACCUUGUCAGAUUAUAAGUCCUAACAAUAACAUAGGAGGUAGUAACAUCAGGAAGGACGCAAGCAAUGGUGACACUGGAAUUUGUAUUAACGGCCGGGAAAUAACCAAGCCAGAACUGAUGAUGCUCAAGAUGGUGAGUGUGCAAUGUGAAGGAAACCCUCAUUUUUGGGUCGAUUCAGAAGGUACAUACCAGGAAGAGGGUCAAAAACGUUCCAUCGGGAACAUCUGGAAUAAGAAAAGAGCAAAAAUAGCGUGUACUCUGUUCUCUCUACCACUUCCUCCGGCUUCAUCUGCAGUACAACCAUGUGAUGUGCCCUUAUAUGAGCAGAAAAUGCUUAACAAGCUUCUUCUGAUUGGUAACGAGAAAUGUGGCUCCACUACAAUAUAUAAACAAGCAAGGUCUCUGUAUGACGUCCCAUUCUCCGUAGACGAUCGUGAAAGAAUCAAAUUCAUAAUCCAAACAAAUCUCUAUACCUAUCUGGCAAUGGUUCUUGAGGCACAUGAGAGGUUUGAAAAAGAGAUGAGCAGUAACCAGCCUUCAGACCAAAUAGGCAAUAUGGGAGAUGAGACCAGUGCUAAAACAGUUAGCUCGAUUAACCCGAGACUAAAACAUUUUUCAGAUUGGCUUCUGAAAGAAAAGGAAGAAGGAAACCUGAAGAUAUUUCCACCAUCAAGCCGCGAGAAUGCACAAACCGUUGCAGAUCUCUGGAGAGUACCGGCGAUUCAAGCCACCUACAAAAGGCUUCGUGAUACACUUCCCCAAAACGCCGUUUAUUUUCUUGAGCGAAUUCUUGAAAUCUCGAGAUCAGAAUAUGAUCCUUCUGAUAUGGACUUAUUGCAAGCGGAAGGACUCUCCUCUAUGGAAGGACUUCCUUGUGUGGACUUCUCAUUCCCAUCAACUUCUCAAGAAGAUUCUCUUGAUAGCGAUUAUCAACACGAUCCAAACAUGAAGUACCAACUCAUCCGGUUAAAUCCAAGAAGCCUUGGUGAAAACUGGAAAUUGAUGGAAAUGUUUGAAGACGCUGACUUGGUGAUAUUCUGCGUCUCACUAACAGAUUAUGGAGAAUUCAUAGAAGACGGUGACGGGAAUCUUGUGAACAAGAUGAUAGCAAACAGACAGCUUUUCGAGGACAUGGUGACCCACCCGACCCUGGCUAAGAAAAGGUUCCUUUUGGUUCUAACGAAAUUUGAUCUCCUAGAAAGAAAAAUUGAGGAGAUUCCUCUACGAAGCUGUGAGUGGUUCAAAGACUUCAACCCAUUGAUCAGCCAGAACCAGACAAGCAGGCACAACCCUCCAAUGGCUCAGCGUGCUUUCCAUUACAUUGGUUAUGAGUUCAAAAGACUCUAUGAUUCACUCUUGGAACCGUUUUCGAUGCGUGGAAGGAGCUUUAGGCCAAAGUUGUUUGUUUCUCAAGUGAGCUUGGAGAGUGAAAGUGUGGACAAUGCACUGAGAUAUGCGAGAGAGAUUCUAAAGUGGCAUGUUGAAGAAAGUUCCAUGUUCCAAGAGAUGUCUACUACUAGCAUCGAGGCCAGCUCGUCCUCUUGAUUUUUUCCUAAAAUUCUUUCUUUCUUUUCUUUUACAUAGUUUGUGUAUAUGUUUAUGUGUGUGUCAGUGUGUGUGUGUAUGUUUAUGUAGUGUCAAGAUACAUUCAUGUGAUUGAUUUCUCAGGGUAAAAAAAAAAAGAGAGAAAUAAAGUGCUUACAGUUACACAUA